GCGAGCACCAGGGCGGAUCCCUGCUGGGUCGAGGGCCUGAACGGGAGCCAAUCGGGCAGCCGAGGCUACUGCCAAUCACGCGGCUCCCUCCAAUCCCACCCGUGCCAUUUCCAAAAUCUCGGUCCCACUGUGCAGCUCAAAUGUGGUGUUCACUCUGCCAAUCGCUGGAGGAUAGAGUGGGAACAGGAAUAAGCAGAGUUAGGAGGCCAGGACAAAAGAAGUUAAAGAGCGCCUAGUAUAUACAUGUUUUUGAAGGCGGGCAGAGGGAAAAAAGUCCCCCCAGUGAGGGUCUAUGGGCCUGAUUGUGUAGUUCUGAUGGAGCCCCCUUUGAGCAAGAGGAACCCGCCAGCGCUGAGAUUAGCGGAUUUGGCAACGGCUCAGGUCCAGCCGCUUCAGAAUAUGACAGGCUUCCCGGCGCUGGCCGGCCCGCCCGCCCACUCCCAACUCCGCGCAGCCGUCGCGCACCUCCGCCCGCGGGACCUGGGCGCUGACCCCGGCGUGGCCACCACUCCGCUCGGACCCGAGCACAUGGCCCAGGCAAGCGCGCUGGGCCUCAGCCCUUCCUCCCAGGCGCUCCCGGCACACCCCGAGGCUCCGGCGGCCGCCGCCCUUGCAGCGGCCUCGGUCGCGCACCCUGGCGCGGGCAGCCACCCCUGUGGCGGGGGCAGCAGCGGCGCGCAGCCCUCCGCGCCCCCGCCCCCAGCCCCUCCUCUUCCUCCCUCCUCUUCACCCCCUCCCCCUCCCCCGCCUCCUCCUCCUCCUUCUGCCCUCUCGGGCUACUCCACCACCAACAGUGGCGGCGGCGGCAGCAGCGGCAAAGGCCACAGCAGGGACUUCGUCCUCCGGAGGGACCUUUCCGCCACGGCCCCCGCGGCGGCCAUGCACGGGGCCCCGCUCGGAGGGGAGCAACGGUCGGGCACCGGCUCCCCCCAGCACCCGGCCCCGCCUCCCCACUCGUCCGGCAUGUUCAUCUCCGCCAGCGGCACCUACGCUGGCCCGGACGGCGGCGGCGGCCCGGCGCUCUUCACCGCGCUGCACGACACGCCAGGAGCCCCCGGCGGCCACCCGCACCCGCUCAACGGCCAGAUGCGCUUGGGGCUGGCGGCGGCUGCGGCAGCCGCGGCGGCUGAGCUGUACGGCCGCGCCGAACCGCCCUUCGCGCCGCGCUCGGGGGACGCGCACUACGGGGCGGUGGCGGCCGCUGCGGCCGCCGCCCUACACGGCUACGGAGCCGUGAACUUAAACCUGAACCUGGCGGCUGCAGCAGCGGCUGCAGCGGCCGGGCCGGGGCCCCACCUGCAGCACCACGCGCCGCCCCCGGCGCCGCCGCCGCCGCCGCCGCCGCCGGCGCCCGCGCAGCACCCGCACCAGCACCACCCCCACCUCCCAGGGGCGGCCGGGGCCUUCCUGCGCUACAUGCGGCAGCCAAUCAAGCAGGAGCUCAUCUGCAAGUGGAUCGACCCCGACGAGCUGGCCGGGCUGCCGCCGCCGCCGCCGCCACCGCCACCGCCCCCGGCCGGCGGCGCCAAGCCCUGUUCCAAAACUUUCGGCACCAUGCACGAGCUGGUGAAUCACGUCACGGUGGAGCACGUGGGCGGCCCCGAGCAGAGCAGCCACGUCUGCUUCUGGGAGGACUGUCCGCGCGAGGGCAAGCCCUUCAAGGCCAAAUACAAGCUCAUCAACCACAUCCGUGUGCACACCGGCGAGAAGCCCUUCCCCUGCCCCUUCCCGGGCUGCGGCAAGGUCUUCGCGCGCUCCGAGAACCUCAAGAUCCACAAGCGCACUCAUACAGGGGAAAAGCCUUUCAAAUGUGAAUUUGAUGGCUGUGACAGGAAGUUUGCUAAUAGUAGUGAUCGCAAGAAACAUUCCCACGUCCACACCAGUGACAAGCCCUACUACUGCAAGAUCCGAGGCUGUGAUAAAUCCUACACUCACCCGAGCUCCCUGCGGAAGCACAUGAAGAUUCACUGCAAGUCCCCGCCACCCUCUCCAGGACCCCUUGGCUACUCAUCAGUGGGGACGCCAGUGGGUGCCCCCUUGUCCCCCGUGCUGGACCCAGCCAGGAGUCGCUCCAGCACUCUGUCCCCUCAGGUGACCAACCUCAAUGAGUGGUACGUUUGCCAGGCCAGUGGGGCCCCCAGCCACCUCCACACCCCUUCCAGCAAUGGAACCACCUCUGAGUCUGAAGAUGAGGAAAUUUACGGGAACCCCGAAGUUGUGCGGACGAUACAUUAGAAUUUAUGAUUAAUAAUAAUAAGUGAAAUAAUAAGUGGGAGUCCUUGGACCACUUCCUAACCUGAGACAAUGCCGAGCCUGAGACAAACCCGUGACUCAGACUUGCCACCAGGUCUAAUUAGCCCUAUUUAUUCAGUAUGAAACCCUAUGGUGUUUGUACAUUUAAUUAAUUUAAUUAAGAUAUUUGGGCUUUUUUUUUUUUUUUUUUUUUUUUUUUUUUUCUUAAAAAGCAAACAAAAAACAACCAAGCUGGACUUGUACAUUGCAGGAGGACAGGGCUGGGGGCAAAUUGUACCAAGGAAAAUGGAGAGAUCAGUUAAAUGAGAUACACACUGCCGAUGCAAUAUAUAUAUCUAUUUUUUUAAGGGGGAGAAAAAGAGCAUUAAGUCAGAACUUAACACAGCAACAAGGCCCUCUGCAUUUCCUGGAGUGCCUCUCAAAUGCCUUUAACACCAUACUGUAGGCUGCUUUUGAGCCUCCUUGCUGGACCCUAAUUCUGCCAAGGCCUCUUGAUUGUAAACUACACACCUGCUGCAUUGCCAACAGAUCCUGGACUGUACCUGUGUCCAAAAAUAUUUGUAAAAACCCUUUGAGUUUAUUGUUUGUAAUUUUUAAUUUUCUGAUCUCACCUUCACAUAAUAUUUUUAUACAGGAUUAUUUCUUCAGUAUUCUACUGUGUGAUUUUAAAAAAAUAAGGUGCAGCACCCUUAAGAUAUCUUCAUAUCUUGUGCUACUGUGAUUGUUCAAGCAAAAGUGGGGAGAAGAAAAGCUGCUGCGAUAAGACAACUGUGAAACUGUGAUGUUUUAUAAAAUAGAGGAAAUUCAAGUGCUUUCUUUUUCCUCUUUGGUGUUUUUUUUUUUUUUUUUAAUCUGAAUUCUCAGAUACUGCCUCCUAACUGUCCAAACUUACUGUGUAGUAGAGAUGCUGUUUUCCAUCCUAUGUUCUUUGGGAUGCCAGCAUUCACAGUCAAGUCUUGUGGAGGUGGGAUGAUGGCAUCAUGCCUAUUUUUUUGGAAAGCUGUUUUUGAUAAACAGGCCAACCCCUCUUUUAUACUGUUGUAUCAACCUUUUAAAAAGUCUAUUUUUCAAUGCCUGAAGCUGCAUUUUAUUGCAUUUUCUUCCACCUGAGCACUGAGCACACCAAACUGGAAUCCAUUUGAAAAUGACAGUGUGUGAAGUGUAUGAUUUACAUUAAAAGAGGGGAGGGAGUUGCCAUACAUAUUAAAAUUUUUAAAAGGUUUAUAGUUACCGCCAAAUGCUGAUGAAUGUGUGACCUUUGCCAGAGCUGUCAAGCUAGGAUAAAAAAGGUCAAGGACCUAGGACAAUAACUCUUAGUCAAUUUAUUUUCGGUUGGUACAACACAUCUCCCGUGCAAAAUGUAGUCCAUCAGAAACAUCAUACAGAUAUACUAAAGAGCACUAAUUUAUCCUUAGAGACCCUGAAGACACCCCCUCCCCAGGGUUUGUAGAAAUUUGUUUUGUGUGCUGUGAGUGGUUGAUGUAGUCUUGUCAUUGUUAAUAACUUGUAUGUGAACACUAUUAUUUGUACAGUUGAAUUAAUUUAUUUUCAGACAUCAUCCUUUUCUUUUUCUGGAAGAGUUCAAAGCACACCAAAGAAUUAUAUUAUACAUUUUGGUGAAAUAUUGUCAUUUAUGAUCCAUGGUUUAUUUAAUAAAAAAAGGAAAGAAAAUGGAAAAAUAUAUUUUUAAGCUUACUUGAAUGAACAACGUAAUGUGAAAACUAAGACUCUUCCUGCAUGUCUUUUUUGCAUUGUGUUGAUGAGAUUAUAUAUAGUUUAUAGAUAUAUUAUAUGACUAGUACAGUGCAUGGUGCUGUCACUUGGAAAGCCUUUCAAUGUUGUCUUCAGAUUGUUAUGGUGAAUAUGAAACAUGCAGACCCUCCUUUAUAAAGAAAAGACCAUAAAACUUGAAUAUGAGAUAAUUUUACAUUUUAAAAGUUUAUUUGAUUUUCAUAUUAUUCACUUUCAAAGCCCUUUCAAACAGAAAAGAUAAGUUAUGAACUUUUGGGGGGAUAAUUUAUGUAUCGUAAACUUAUUAGAACAAAAUAUUCCUGAUGUAUAAUGAGUUGUUUUAUUUAUACAACUUUUUCAAUGGUAGUUUGCACUAUUCUUUAUUAUGCUACAGGUUUAUUUAUUAUGAAACAAAGGAAUAUGUAUUUUAUGUAUUUUACCAUACAUAGGUUAACUCUUUGCCACAGAUUUAUUGGUUCUUGAUACACCUAAAAUAAAAACUUAAAAUGUGUACCUCCAAUAGAGAGCAAGCAAGAAUGAUUAAGAAGUAACAAAUUUAAUAAAGGUAUUCUUAUUAUUA